AUGUUCCUCGUUCUGCUCCUGGGGCUCUACGUGGCCACAGGUGAACUUGUCUCCCCGGUGAGCUCCUGCCCGUCGCAGUGCAGCUGUUUCUACCACAACCUGAGUGAUGGAUCAAAGGCCAGGAGCGUGAUUUGCAAUGAUCCCGACAUCUCCCUUGUGCCUGUCGGGUUCCCUGUUGACACGUCCAAGCUGCGGAUUGAGAAGACGGUCAUUCAGCGGAUACCAAGCGACGCCUUUAACUACCUCUCCAGUCUGGAAUUCCUGUGGAUGUCUUUCAACACCCUGUCCGCCUUGAAUCCGGACAGCUUCCGUGGAUUGUUCAACCUGGAAGAGCUUCGUCUGGACGGGAACGCCCUCACAGCCUUUCCCUGGGAAUCUAUCAUGGACAUGCCCAGCCUCAGACUUCUCGAUUUGCACAACAACCAGCUCACCUCGCUGCCCGCGGAGGCCACCACUCACAUUAAGAACCUCACCUACCUGGACCUGUCCAGCAACAACCUGCUGACCCUGCCUGCAGAGGUGCUGUUCACCUGGCUGGCGGUGAAACCAGCGCAAGGACCAGAGAGCUCCAAGAUGAUACUUGGUCUCCAUGACAACCCCUGGGUGUGUGACUGCCGGCUCUAUGACCUGGUCCAGUUCCAGAAGUCCCCAACUCUGUCUGUGGCAUUCAUCGACACGAGGCUGCGGUGUUCAGCCCCGGAGAGUGUGUCGGGAGUUCUGUUCAGUGACGCAGAGCUGAGGCGCUGUCAGCUGCCACGUAUCCACACAGCCGUGGCACGAGUCCGGAGCGCUGUUGGAAACAAUGUGCUGCUCCGUUGUGGGACCAUUGGAGUCCCAGUCCCGGACCUGACAUGGCGCAGGGCCGAUGGACGAGCCCUCAAUGGAACAGUUCAGCAGGAAACGUCGAAGGAAGGAAUCACCUGGUCCAUCCUCAGUGUCCCAGCUGUGUCCUAUCGGGAUUCAGGGAAAUACAUGUGCAAGGCCACUAACUAUGCAGGGAAUGCAGAGGCUGUGAUUUCUCUUAUUGUCUCUAACACCCCGAAGCCAGAGGGGAACCAAACCAGUGGUGAAAAGAAGGCAAAAGUCAAGAAAUCCAACCAAAUAGGCAAAGCCGCCUACCAGGAGAAACUGGUGGCCAGAUAUUUGGUUCCAACCACGACCCCUUCAUCCCUGCCUGCCCUGGAUCCUGGCCUUCCACCUGGGCUUGGUUCUGAGUCUGAACUAGCCAGUUUCAGCCUGGCUGACCGAACCACACCGGGGCCUGCCACCUCCUCCAACCCAGAUGCACUGCUGGAUCUGGAGAAGACAAACCUAAGCAACUUGGCUGCCAACACCUCGUCGCUGCAGCAGGACCCAGACAGGGUGGUCCGCUCAGUGAAGGUAGUGGGGGACACAGACAAUACAAUUGCUCUGAACUGGAGAGCCCCUAAAGCCAAGAACACUACAGCCUUUAGUGUGCUGUAUGCUGUGUUUGGAGAGAGGGACAUGAGGAAGAUCAAUGUUGGAGCGGGACAGAACCGUGUAACCAUCGAAGGACUGGUGCCCAGGACCAAGUACAUUGCCUGUGUGUGUGUGAGGGGGCUGAUCCCCAAGAAGGAGCAGUGUGUGAUAUUUUCCACUGAUGAAGCAGCCAGUGCCACUGGCACCCAGAGGCUGAUUAACGUGAUAGUGAUCACAGUGGCCUGUAUCAUUGCAGUCCCACUCACCGUCAUCGUGUGCUGUGGGGCGCUGAAGAGACGCAUUCAGAAGUACUGGGGAAAGAAAUCCAAGGACAUCCAAGAUUCAUAUGUGACCUUUGAAACGCUGUCACCUGGUACAAAGGCCAAAGGUCUUGAGGGCGAAUAUUUGAACAGAAUGAACCCAGAGGAGUCCAACAGGCUGCUGUCGGCCCGCUCCAGCCUGGACUCUGAGGCCACGGCUAAGAUAGAGGGACAGCCCAACGAGUACUUCUGCUGA